ACGAACUAGGAAAUAAUUAUAUGAGCCGAAAAGAAGACGCAGAAGAAGAUAGCCGGCCUGAGCAAACUACAUCCAGACUUGCCUAAAAGAAUGUUUCUCAUUCACGCUAGUCUGGUCAUCCUUUUACUCCAGCUGAAAUUUGGUUCAGCCUACAAGCUUGUGUGCUACUAUACAAACUGGUCCCAAGACAGGCCAGAACCAGCCAAGUAUAAACCAGAAAAUGUGGACCCCUGCCUCUGCACCCACUUGAUCUAUGCUUUUGCAGGCAUGACUAGCAACUAUGAAAUCAAUACUACUAAAGGGAACGAUGAGGAGUUUUACCACUCUUUUAAUCAGCUCAAGAAGAGGUAA